GGCAAUGCCCCGGAUGUGAUUGUGUGUGCUGUGUUUCUGCAGAGAAGGAGGAGGAGAUGCCUCUGCCCGUGCAGGUCUUUAACUUUCAGGACAGUUCUGUGUCAGGGCCGGGGGUGUCCCCACUCCCAGAGCAGGUUGAGAGCAGGCUCAGUGAUAGCUCGUCAGCAGCCAGUGCCUCCUCCUCCAGCUCCACGCUGUGCACGUCGCGCGGCAGCAGGUCCGACCUGCUCCUCCCGUUUACCGCGGGCGACUAUGUGCUCAGCUCCAGCCUGUCGGCGUGCUCGCUGGUCCCCGAGGGGUCAGUUGAACCCAUGCAGAUAGAUGCGGACCCACAGGAAGACCAGCAGAAUGCGCCGGACACCAACUAUGUCGUGGAAAACCCAACUCUGGAUCUGGAGCAGUACGCCUCCAGCUACAGCGGGCUGAUGAGGAUCGAGCGGCUGCAGUUCAUCGCUGACCACUGCCCCCAGCUCCGCGUCGAGGCCCUCAAGAUGGCCCUGUCCUUCGUCCAAAGAACUUUUAACGUCGACGUCUACGAGGAAAUCCACCGCAAGCUCACUGAAGCCACGAGGGAAGUGCAAGGGGUCCCCGACGCCGUCCCUGAGGGGGCAGUGGAGCCCCCGCCCCUCGACACAGCCUGGGCAGAGUCCACCAGGAAAAAGGCUCUCCUCAAGCUGGAGAAGCUCGACACCGACCUGAAGAACUACAAGGGAAAUUCCAUUAAGGAGAGCAUCAGGAGGGGUCAUGAUGAUCUGGGAGAUCAUUACCUUGACUGCGGAGACCUCAGCAAUGCCUUGAAGUGCUACUCCCGAGCCAGAGACUACUGCACUAGCGCCAAGCAUGUCAUCAACAUGUGUCUUAAUGUUAUCAAGGUUAGCGUUUACCUCCAGAACUGGUCCCAUGUACUUAGCUAUGUAAGCAAAGCUGAAUCCACUCCAGAGAUUGCUGAGCAACGAGGGGAAAGAGAUAGUCAAAACCAAGCGGUCCUCACGAAACUAAAAUGUGCUGCAGGACUGGCAGAACUCGCUUCCAGAAAGUACAAGCCGGCAGCCAAAUGCUUCCUGCAAGCCUCUUUUGACCACUGCGACUUUCCAGAGCUGCUCUCCCCCAGUAAUGUAGCUGUGUAUGGGGGUAUGUGUGCCCUGGCCACUUUUGACAGACAGGAGCUGCAGAGGAACGUCAUCUCCAGCAGCUCCUUUAAAUUAUUUUUAGAAUUGGAACCCCAGGUCCGGGAUAUUAUCUUCAAGUUUUACGAGUCAAAAUAUGCAUCAUGUUUGAAGAUGCUGGACGAGAUGAAGGAUAACCUUCUGUUAGACAUGUACCUGGCUCCCCACGUAAGAACACUGUACACGCAAAUCAGGAACAGAGCCCUUAUACAGUACUUUAGCCCGUAUGUCUCGGCCGACAUGAACAAGAUGGCGGUGGCCUUCAACACCACAGUGGCCGCGCUGGAGGACGAGCUCACCCAGCUCAUCCUGGAGGGCCUCAUCAACGCACGCAUAGACUCCCACAGCAAGAUCCUUUACGCCCGAGACGUGGAUCAGAGAAGCACAACGUUUGAGAAGUCGCUGCAGAUGGGCAAGGAGUUCCAGAGACGAGCCAAAGCCAUGAUCCUGAGGGCAGCCGUGCUGCGUAACCAGAUACACGUCAAGGUAACAGGCUCUCCAGGUCCCCUCCAAGAGAAGGCAGCCAAGGGGAACUCACACCCGCCAACAGCCAAACACGAAUGAGCACCAACAUGUAAAGGACUGGACUCAACCCAACCCGAACCGAGCGGACGGACGAAGGCUUCUCCACGGAAACGUUAGACGGAGGAAGGCGGAGAGGGGGGUGCACCACGCUACGCAUCAUCGCCCCCCUACCUCUCUCCCUCUUUCACUAUAGAAAACAUUUAAAAACAAAACAAACAAAAAAACGGUUUUCCCUGCUGAAGAGGAGAGAAAACCCCCACAAUCUUAAAGACUUACAGUUGGGGAAGAUGUCUGUUGUCAGUUAUCAGUGACAAGCACACCCUGUUGCUCAAUAGGAAAUGGAAUAUUAAAAAAAUAACAAUAAAAAUGGAAAAACUAGAAAAAUGGAGAAAAAAAGAAGAAAUUGCGGCACUUAUUGCUGUACUGGCCUGUUGUUCUUUGUAACAGACGCACUUUCCUCUGUCUUGUGACAAAACCUUGAUUACACAUUGAAAAACCUCAUCACAAAAACAUGCUUUUAAAAUAAAUAUACAUUCAAAAAGA